GCACACUAGUGUUAUCUCCUUGACUCCCCUCCUCCUCCUUCGUACUUCGUAGCAUCUUCGUCGGGCGCCAGCCAUGAUUUAAUAAAUACCUUUCCUCCAGUCUUUAACUACAACUGCUCCGUACUAACAUGCGCUGUCUAACACCACCACCACCCUUUUCCAAAUCCUCUCUAUCUAAGACUUUCUUUCCCCUCUCCCUGUGAAACCCUAAUGAAGAAAAACAGGUAUUGCUUUACAUGGAUUCUUAUGUUGUUUUCAUUUGGGAGCCUACCGUUGGGUAAAUCCCUUACGUCUUCUUCAUCCUCACCUGUUUGUCCUGUGAUUUCUAUCACUGAUUCGAUCCCGAUUUUUGAAGAGGAGGUGUGUGUCAACUCCUCCUUCAAUGUUGAAUCUGUUGGAGGAACAAAUUGCGUCCUUACUGAGGGUGAUGAGGCUUCAUUGCACAAGGCACUUAAUUUUGUUCAUCAGAACAGUAAAGAAUAUGUCUCUCUGCUUUUCUAUGGAUCUCGGUGUCAUUUCUCUAAAACGUUUAGACUGACUUUUGCUCACCUUUCAUCCUUGUAUCCCUCAAUCCACCAUUUUGCUGUCAAAGAAUCUUCUAUUAAGCCAAGCACGCUCUCUAGGUACGGAGUUCGUGGUUUGCCGACCCUUUUCCUCCUUAAUUCCACUCAUCGAAUUCGUUAUCCUGGGUCUCGUACUAUCAGUUCGCUUAACUCUUUCUACAGUGAUGUUACUGGUAUUAAGCCUGCAUCGCAAGAUCAGAUACCUUUGGAGAAAAUUGUGGACACAGCGGAUGUUGAAAAACUACAGGAGGAUGCAGCGCAGGAUGCUAACUACCCAUUGUCGUGGGAAAGAUUCCCUAAGAAUCUGUUUCAAGAGGAGAUGUACUUGACUUUGGCAACCACAUUUGUGAUCCUGAGGUUGCUAUAUUUAGGUUAUCCAUCACUGCUUUCAUGUGCCCAUUGUGUUUGGAUGAAGUACAAUAUCCACGACAUAAGCUUAGUCAACUUCUGGGAGCAUCCUCUUCUAACAUCUAUACAAGUACUGAAUGCACUUAAGGGACCUUUUGCCAAGGCAAGCAACUUGCAGGAAAGAGCAAUGAAUGCUAGGUCCUGGGCUUCCAAAUCUUUAGCGUCAGUUUCUUUGAGUGAAAGGUGAUUUCCUUCAGUAGGAAAAGAAAAUGAUGGGUAUGCUAACAUACUGUUUCUGGGGUGUGAUACCUAGUAUACUGCUGAUAUCUUCAUGCAGUUAUUUGUAAGUAAUGGUCCUUAGAAUUUGUGUAUAGAAAGGUCAAAAUUUGGGGCUUUGCCUUUUGUUUCGUUCUAUAGAUUUUUGUGUGACAGUGUGACAUGUAACUCGGUGGCUGCUCUAAGUAUUUAGUUAGGUGCCUUUAGUAUUUUCAGUUGCUAGCUAUUGGUGAAGCUAUGUCCGUUAGAUAGGCGACACAUGUUGUCCAUGCAUUGUGUGUUUAGUAGGGUUAAUCAUUGGUAUUUAAUCUGUAAGAAAACCCUUUGUUCGAUUAUCUGAAAAUGAAUGAAAACUAAAACUAUUUAGUUGCA